CUUGCGUCUGGGAACUACAGGGCGAUGUUCCUGGGUUAUGCAUGUCUGUUCCUGAUCGCUUUUAUCCUAAAGGCAUGGGGAAAGUGGAUUACAGGGCAAAAACUUUGUCCUGGCAAGAGAAACAUCGCCACCCACCCACUGUGGCACACAAAGUUUGGGUCUCAUGGCCCCUGAGUCCACCCUUCAGAGCAGAAGAGCAGAAAAGGAAGAUGCAUGGGGCCACUCUUCCUUGCUUCCAUCCUGCUGGGGGCCCCUCCCUUCCAGGAGCAUCUCCAGGCUGCGGGUUGUUUUCCUUUGAAAAGGUUCCGUUCUUGCCAUGGAGACCGAGGGUUCUGAGAAGCCUCAAGUCAGUUGGCGCUGGCAUUGCCUUCCUGAGCACCAAGAUGGGCAGAGAGCACUCCAGACAGCUCCCACUGAGGCCAGCCGGGAGCGAUGCCUCUGCGCCAGAAGUCCCUCCGCGUGCCCCCCGAUGGACGGCCCUGGACUCGUGGUUCAGGAAGGUCAGGACGAGGCGCUCGCUUCGCCGCGUGAGCCCCGAAAACGUAGCUGUUCCUGUGGAUCCUCCAAGUCCUCCGGAGACACAAGGAACGCGCACGGAGGCGCCCUCUCCCCGGACGCUGAUAAUUGAAGUGAGGCCAGCGUCCAAGUUUCUGGGGAGAGAGAAGCUCCCCUGGGAGGCUAGCAGCCUUCAGGCGGAGCGUAAGAACCAGACCUCAGAGAGUGCAGAGAGCAGCUUCCUCUCGGAGCAAAUCCUGACUUCACCAAAGGACAAACAACCCAUAGAGUUGGGUUCAAAGGAAGUUGGGAUCCCUUCGGAGGUCCUGGAGGAGGGGGCGGCCCGGGCCCUCGAUACAGAGAGUGUCCAUGAGCCCCCUCUGAAGACAUUGACGGACUCCGAAGCGGCAACGCUGGCUGACAUCCCCAGCCUGGAGGAUGAGGUGUGGGACCCUCUCCCCAGUACAAGCAGCUCCGUAGGACCCGGCGAAGAUGAAGAUCCUGCCCUGCACCCGAGGAGAUGGUCCUCCCUGGACCCAGAACAGGCAAAACAACACCUACACCAUCUUUGCCUGCUGGUCUGCAGUUCCUCCUCUGCAGAGGUCACGCAGGCAGUGGAUUACGUGGCCCGAAAACAUCUAAAGAUGGCCACGGACCACUUUCUGGAGUCCGGCGGGAGGGCAUGUGGUGAAUUAGUAAGCGCCGUACUCAAUUCACCAUAUUGUUGCCUGGAAGCGGCGCUGGACCUGUUCCUGGCCAAGGUAAAGGAGGGACCUUGGCUGGCCCAGGAGGGCGAGGAACAGGGCAGCCCUACUUUUGAUGCGGUCACGGCAAGAGCGACGCGGGCCAUCGGCGGGAUCGUCAGACACAUCAGGGACAGCACGCGCCUGGAGGGGUGGUUCCUGGAGCUUCUGCUCGCCUUGGUGACCAACUUCAUCGAGGUCACAAGGCCUGGGUUGGAGGCACCCAGCAGGAACCGGAGCAACAGCUACGUUCCUCCAGAAGAACUGGCGAAUAUCAUCAUCGUGCUAGUGAAGAGGGUGGCACCGAAGUCCUUCAACAGGACCUCCGAGUGGAUGCUAGAAGACGACCCAAGCAUCUGCCCUGAGGGGAUAGCCCUCCAGUUGCGGAGCCUCCUCAAGUCCUCCUCCUCCCUAGUCCAGCACCUGCAUUCCAUCUGGGAGAAAGAAGCGCCGCUGGAGCAUUCGGCCGGCGUGGUGGCCUUCUACGUCCAGCUGCUGAAGAUCGGCCAGCGCCCACACUCCUCGGAGAAGACCUGGGCACUGCUGACGGCCUGGCUUCAACAUCACAGCCUGGCCGUCCAACAUCAGAGCAGGCAGGGCCUUCUCCUGCUCUGCGAGACAUACUGGGAGACCAUGGGCCUUCAGGAACUCCUAGACGGCAUCAUCGGCGGAAUGCAAUCACCGCACACUAACAUCGCCAUGGAGUUCCUGAACCUGGCUGGCCAGCUGGAGCCCCUGCUGCAUAUUGAAGACCGGGCCCUUGCGAAGGUUCACCUAACUGCCACAUGCCGCCGCCUCUUCCACCAUGAGGCGGCCAACAUCCGAACGGCAGCCCUCGAAUGCUUCCGGCAUUUCAUCUGGCGCCCGGGACAUCCUCUUCAGGAGCGUCAAACCAUCAGUGACCUCCUGGUGGUGCUGAUGCAUGUGGAGGAUGAGGAUGAGGAGGUGGCCAAGACUGCGAGGGAGACCCUCAGGGAGGCGGCGGACGUCCUGAAUUGGCACCUGAAGGACAGCGUUCUGGCGGAGGACACCUUCAGCUUGCAGGAGCUGCUGCAUAAGAUCUCCAAGCGCCUGAUCCAUCAUUGCCGCCCCAGGAAAGAGUUGGAGGAACAGGUGUAUGGCUGCCUCCGUAUCUUUAAAAGCCAACGUCCAUCGGCUAGAAAGGUGGCAGCCAUGUUAGUCGGCCACAUUCUGCACAAGAACUACAAGAUGUGUGCCGACAGGAACCUCUACACCUACCACGCCUGGCUGAUCAACCUCCUUGAAGACCGUGACCCUGAAGUCAGGCGAGUUGGCAGGGAGACUAAGACCAUCCUUGCCAGGGUCACUGCCCUACACCACCGACACGGGCUGCGGGCUGCUCUUCGGCGCUUGGCGGCUCCCUGCAGGCGGGAGAGGUACCCCCCAGAGUACGCCAAGAGGCCACCCGCCUGAUGGACUGGAACACCACAAUCCCACGAGCGCCCGCCCGGAACACCUCCGCUCCAGCUGUGCCGCAUCACCAAAGGGAAGUAGCGUUCAGGAGGUGGGAGUCUGCCCAGCCCUGGCCCAGGGAAGCCCUGCCCCCCCCCCCACACACACACACAGAGAAGCCCCGCUCCCAUUCUGGGCCCCAUUGUCACCCUGGGGCCCUUGGGAGCAGAGCAGAGCAGAGAAGGAAGACCACCUAGGCCCCUCUGCUGUGCUCUGUUCUGUUCUUUUCUGUGUGGGAUUUGGGGGCCUGGAGGGGAGGGGCCACCACCUGCACCCUGGGCCUUCCUCUUCCACCUGGGCUGGGCCCCUGCCUCCUUUGACCUACGCCCCCUCCCUGACCCCUCCCUCUCGGCCUGGGAUGCCACCACCGCCCCCUCCCUCCCUCCCUUCUCCAAGGUGGCAUCCCACCAAGGGCGCUUCUCCCUCCCUCUUGCCCACCCAGAUGUGCCGCCCCUCCUCCCCUCCCUCCUCCUUCCCCCCCAAACAACCCCAUUGCCCCCUCCUCUGUCCCCACAACAUCCAAAGGGUCAAGGGGAGGGGCAGGGGGUCUCAGCCCCUCCAUCUGUCCAGGCAUCUCGGGAGGCUCAGCUCCAUUUGGGGAAAGGUGGCCAUUUCUCCAUCCAUGGUGCUGUGUCUCCCGAUGGGCUGAGAUCCCCCUUGGGUUCCCCUUGCCCCCCCCCCCCCCGCCUCUCUGCUCACCUGGAUUCACCCGGAAGGAGGCCUGGCUGCUGGGAGCCAAUAAGGAGGAGGAGGAGGGGUGGCGGACUCUAUUGACACCACUCUGCGCUUCUUGCAGGGCCACUCCAGAUGGAUGAAGAAAGGGACAGUGACCUUCGUGGGAACACCGAGGGACACACCAUCAAAGGACCCUGGUCAUCGAGGGACAUGCCAUCAAGGGACCCGGGCCCUGACCUUCGAGGGACCAUGACCACCGAGGGACAGUUGACAUCAAAGGACCCUGGUCAUCGAGGGACGUAACAACAAGGGUGCCGGGCCCUGACCUUCGAGGGACCGUGACCAUCGAGGGACACGUAACAUCCAUGGACCCUGACUGGUGCCUGCAGGAAGAAGACAGAAGACAGGACUUCUUUAUUUGUUUUAUUGUUAAAUUUUAAAAUGUGUAUGUACUUUUUUAAAAAUGUGUAUGUGCUGUUUUUAAAAUGUGUAUGUUUUUAAUAUAUUUAUUAUUGUCUUGUGUGGGAGAGGAUUCCACUCCCCUGCGAAAGCGCCGCUCUUCCCCUUUGGCUUCUAGGGCUGCCUCCUGUGAAUCCAGGGCUGGCCGUGGAGGGAGGGAGGCCCAGGCCUCUCUUGCAGCGGAGGGUUCCCAAGGCCCUCCUCCCUCCUCUGCAAACCCCAGGACUCACAGCCCAGCGCCGGAGGGGAAGAGCCGCCCUUGAGCAGCUCAGUGAAAGAAACCCCCCACUCUCGGUUUAUUGUAAUUUAAAAUUAUAUCAUUAUAUUAUUUAAUGUAGAAUUAGAAUAAAUGUAAUACUUUAUUUUUAAUUUAGCAUUUUCCAUAUUAUUUAAUGUGUAAUUAGAAUAAAUAUAGCCUUUUCCUUUUAAUUUAGCAUUUUCCAUAUUAUUUAAUGUGUUAUUAGAAUAAAUAUAACCUUUUCCUUUUAAUUUAGCAUUUUCCAUGAAUUCCUUUGGGGAGGGAGACCCAAACUCAGGCCCCAUCAACACUGACCCUUUCAUGCAGGUUGAACUGCGUAUGAGGCUGGGUUUAAACUGCCUUCUAUCCCAGGACCUGAUCCCAGAUUGUCUGCUUAUUAUGAGUCUGGGAAAAACAGAUAGUCUGGGAUCAGAUCCUUGGAUAUAUAGGGCAGUAUAGAUCCAACCUGAAUAUAUUAUACAGUUCAAACUGCAUGAAAUGACAGUGUAGAUAAGGCUGUCGGCCCCAUCUAAACUGCCAUAUAAUCCUGCUUCAGAAUGCAUAUUAACUGUAUUUCAAAAUGGAUUAUAUGGCAGUUUAGACAAGGCCUAAGAAGAAGAAGUUAGAGAAGAUGAUAGUACUAAAGUUUAGGGGAGAUCGACACUGUCCUAUUUCACAGGAUCUGAUCCCAGAUUAUCUGCUUUAAACUGGAUUAUUUGAGUCUACACUGCCAAAUAAUCUGGGAUCAGAUCCUGGGGUAAGGGGCAGUGUGGAAGGGAAUGUAGUUGGUGCAAAUAUAGUCCUGGGCUUACAGUGGGGGAAGGCCCAGGCUUCUCUGGCGGAGGGUUCCCAAGGCCCUCCUCCCUCCACUGCAAAUCCUAGGACUUUCAGCUCAGCGUUGGAGAAGAACUGCCCUUGAACCGAACGAUGAGAGUAUCCCUUAUGCUCUGUUUUUUGUAGUUUACCUUCUAUGAUUGUAUCGUAUAAUGUUGUAGUAUUUAAUAGAAUAAAUGUACUGCUUUAUUUUUAA